ACCUUCGUCUAUUGAGUUUCUUCCGAGUGAAUUGGCAUACCAUUCGGCGACUUUUCGGCGCCGAACCAAGCAGCAGCCUCCCAACUUCACAUGCAAAAUUACUAAAGUGAGAGAGGCAACAUAUUGUCCACAACCUUGGUCACUAUUGUUCUAUUGUUCCAAUUGGACCUGGCUCUGUGCGACUUUUGAGUACAACAGCACUUCGCUCCGCACCUCUACAAACCACUCGCUGUCCAAGGAAAAUCAACUCCAAAUCAUCGCAAGAGCAAUCGAGCUUCGACAGAUUCCAGCACCGAGUCGAGUCGAGUCGAGUCUCUGCAACCGGGCCCGAAUUCUGUCAUCGAUCAAAAUCCACCACCAUGGCAGCCGGCAAAGCACCCGAUGGCUUUGAAGUCCUUACAGAAACAAUUUCCAUCCAACGGCCUGAGACCAACGCAUCGAGCGACGAAACCCCGCCUCCCCUAUUCGUUAUCUGCAGCUGGAUGGCCGCUUUCCCGAGACACAUCCAGAAAUACACCGACCAAUACAAGAAGCUCUAUCCUUCGUCGACGAUCCUUCUCAUCCAGUCUACCUGGAAAGAUGUUUCUGGGACUGAUAAGUUUAUGAAACCCCGCCUGGCAAUCGCGGUCUCUAUCAUCCAAGACCACCUUCUCCAAACCUCCUCAAAAUCAACAUCUACAACCUCUCGCCCUCCUCCUUCCCCCAAAAUUUUCCUCCACAUCUUCUCCAACGGCGGCGCCACAAUCGCCAACCACCUCAGCAUCCAACUCAAUUCCUCCCUCUCAUCCUCCCCUUCCCUUUCCCCUUCGACCCACAAUUCCUCCCACCAACCCGGCUCCAUCUUCUCCCGCCUAAUCCUCGAAUGCACCCCCUCCCGCCCCAACACCUCCCAAGCCGUCCUUGCCGUAGCCUCCGCCGCUCUCCCCGCUUCCAAACCCUUCCUCCUCCGCCUUCUAGGAAAAUUCCUCAUCCGCUGCUUCGUCUCCUACGGAUUCUGGAAAUGUUGGGUAUUGGGCAAGGAGAAUAUGGUUGAUAAGUUGAGGAGGAGAUUGAAUUCACCUUUUCUCACAAACAACACCAAAUCCGAGUCGACGAAUCCGAGUGACGCUGUCUCGAUGAAGAACGAGGAAAUAGAGAGAAACGAAAACGGCCUCACAGUCCCAAAGGAGGAGAUUUGGGAUGCAAGCAUCCCGAGAUUGUACAUGUACUCGAAAUCUGAUGAAGUGGUUUCUUGGCAGGAUGUGAGAGAUCAUGCGAAGGAAGCGAGAGAUGUGAAAGGGUUUGAGAAUGUGAGAGAGGAAGUUUUUGAGAAGGCGCCGCAUGUGGGGUUGCCGAGGGAGGAUUUUGAGAGGUAUUGGGGGGUUGUGGAGGGGUGGUGGAAAGGGGAAGAAGUAGAUGGUGGCGGUGGGGCUGUGUUAUAGGUGGAGGGGAGAUGGGGAACGGGAGAUGGGGGACGGGAGAUGGGGGACGGAAGGAAAGGGGAGGAGGUGUAUGUUUGAUGGAUUGGGGGUUUGUAGAUAUCGUAGUGGUAUGCGAUGGAAUGUAUAAAUAAUGAAACACACAGCACAAUGCUGGUCAGAGAAGG